GUGGAUGCCUCUUUGGGGACUCCUCAAGCUUCGAGGCUGCUGAUGUACAGCAACUCAACUGAACCAAAUAGUUAGGCAGGCAUGCAAUGCAUGGUAGGGGACGGAUCUCGGUUCCAAAUCGGGGCGAUGUGGGCCUGAGACCCAGGUCGCGUGGCUGUCCCAGCUGGCUCUUCCUCAGGCGCUGUUGGCGGAGCUUUGGCCGACCCAGACCCUGAAAACGCAUGUUGCUACUUGCGUGCCCAAGUGUACGAUCUGUACAUACCCUUCCUUAUUAGGAACGGCGGCCAGGCGGGGAUCACACCAAACCACGAUCCGAGCCGCGCAUAUCGAAGAUGGCGUUGAAGCACCUCAUUACCUGCAUUGUGGCAGGUAUUGACUACCUUGUGCAUCCUCAAAUCCUUGGCAGCGUCGAGGAGAGCGUGAGGGCUGACCAGGUCAUCCCCGUCGUCGUCCUGAGCGAGGACCAGGUCAACGCCGGCCCCGAGGAGCUUGGCAGGACCCUGCAGUUCCUCGUUGACAACGAUGAUGUCUGCACAGAUGAAUUCACAGGCAUCAUAGUCGUCAAGCCCUCCUCCGCCUCCGCCUCGGAGCUGCGUGGGUCUUGUCCUGGUACAUCCGAUGCGACUGCCUCGAUAGGUUGCCCUUUCACUGUCUAUCACAUGGCAGAUGGCAUUGGCACAUCCGAAGAAAAGAACUUGUUACCGUCUGGGCCCUAUUUCUUGAGCGGGCAGAAUCUACACCAGGCAUGGCGGCUUUAUCCUGACCACCUCGAUGCCUUCACUUUCGGCCUACUGCCAGAUGACCCUUUCGACCCACAAAGCUUUCAAGCCGUGGCACCGCUAUCUUCAGACGGCGUCUCCAAAACAAUCCCGUCCCCCAGCCGCUUCUACCACAGUCCUAGCUCGAGCAAACCGCUAGCAGGAAAGCGAGUUGCGCUCACAGACACCUUCGACGUUCAAGGGGCAAAGACCACCCUCUCCAGCCGCGCGUGGACACAGCUGUACCCAGCAGCCGAGAACUCCGCGGCUUACGUCAAGAAGCUGCUCGACCUAGGCGCCGUCGUCGUGGGCAAGACGAAGACGGCCCAGUUCUCCACCGGCCUUCAGUGGGUCGAUCACCAUUCUCCCGUGAACCCUAGGGGUGAUCGGUACCACGAGGCUUCUGGUAGCUCUGCGGGAGCGGCCGCAUCCCUCGCGGGUUAUCUGUGGCUUGACUUUACUGUCGGGGGAGAUUCCGAUGGAGGCGUCCGGGAUCCAGCUGCAGACCAUGGGCUGCAUGCUCUCCGGUCAUCCCACGACUCAGCGUCAUUGGAGGGUGUCAAGAUCAGUUCAGAGAGAUACGAUACUGUUGGGCUUUUCAGCCGUCGCCUGGAGGACCUGGUCUCUGCAGCGAAACACAGCCUUCAAGUCUCUGACAGAAGUGUCGAGAUGCCUCGUCGCAUUUUCUACCCAACCGACUACUUUCCUCUCGCUGAUGACAAACAUCAGAAGUUGAUAGAACAGUUUGUCCAGAACUUGGAGUCUCAUCUGGAUGCCCAAAGGGUCGAGGUGAACAUAGCCCAACUAUGGCAGGACCAUCCCCCUUCUCCAUCUCCAACAGCAAGAUUGCCCUUGCAGCAAUACCUGAGCAAGGCACCUUUCUGGUCAUUAUGCCAUGACUAUUACCAUAGGUAUGACGAGUUUAGGGCUGAUUAUAAUGAUGCUAUUGGCCGUGAGCCAUUCGUUGAGACAUCUCCCCGGUACCGAUGGAAAAUUGGAGAAAGUGUGACAAACGAUGACUAUGAAGAGUAUCUCACUCGGCUCGACACGUUCAGGGCAUGGUUCGAUAAGACCAUAAUGUCCCUAAGCAGCGAGUCCGAUGAUAUCAUGGUACUGCCAGCUAUCAUUGCUGCGCAGAAAUACCGAGAUGAGUCGCCGAGUGAGCCCGAGCCAUUAGAGGGCAUUGAUACCAGACUCCUUUCACCGAUCCUUGGAACCCCACAGAUAGUUGUGCCGUUCGCACAGCUUCCUUAUAAGUCCCGUGUGACCGAAUCGCUGGAAUACAGGCCCGUGAGCGCCUCGUUGAUGGGUGCCAGAGGGAGCGAUCUGGCUCUUCUGCGUUUGGUAGAGGAAGCCACGCAGGCCUCCGGGUGGCGGACAAAUGUCGACACUGGAAGACGUGCUUUUCCCGUUGGCAAGAAUAUACGGCACGUGCGGGAUCUUGGAGAUGAUGGCCUCGGAGGCGAACUGUACAUUCAAUCGAAUGGUGCUGGCGUUGAGAGCGGCUCGACUUCGGUCCCAGACGAAUUGUAGAUCAAGAAACUACCAACAGCGGUCUAUGAUAUGGUGUGGUCACGCAUCACCUAGGGCCCUGUUCCCUAUCACAAUACAGGGAUCUCUCAGGGGCACGUGUAAAUUUGUUCAUAACGAGCUUGAUAUCAUCAACAACCUGAUCGCGGUGAAAUGAUCUCGGCAUAAUCGGUCCUUCUUUAGCUCUCGUGCGCUUGACUCAACGUUUUGACAGCCGGAGACCGCCUCACGGCGAGGACAGUCGAUACCCGGCCAGUCUUGGGAUACCUAGGCACUUGUGCUGACGGGCUUUCCCACCGCUACAUUUGGUCUGAAUUAGCCUUGUCUGUGCGGCUGUCAUGGGGCCAUUGCAAGCCUGAUUUUAUUUUUGGGGAAAGCGAGACAAAUC